CAAAGCUUCAAACUUUACGCAACCCCCAACCAGAAUCAGACAAUUCAUUUUAGGGUUUUUAUUAUUUUCCCCAAAAUCCCAAAUCGAAUCGAAUCGAAUCUCCCACUCAUUAACCAUGGCCAAGAAUAUUUCAGAAUCUUUGAAAGGUAAAAAGCGCGCGCGAGAGACAGAUACCGAAGCCGAAGCCAGCGAUUUCGAUCAGAUUUUAUCGCUAGAGGAAAAUCUUACAUUUAGUGACACAUUGGUGGCGCUUCGCAUAAUGAGAGCUCAGUUUCCACAGAGUGACAAGGUAUCAGUUCAGCCUUUCAUUUUGCGGUCACAGUUGUAUAGCAGUGUAGAGGAUAGAACCCAAGUGGAUAGGGAUCUAGAGAAUCUAAGAAGGGAGAAAAUCCUGCGCAUUUUCAAGUUAAAUACUGGGCAAGAUGAUCAUGCAAUAAUGUUUUUUGAUGACUAUCUAUGCCAGGUUGCUUACAUGGUUUUCUCGAUGUUUUUGAUGGAACGAGUUGUAAAAAGAUUGGAAGAAAAGAAGGACAGUGAUAUUCUUGAAGUUUUUAAGUGGUUUAAAUCACACGUCCUUGAUAACAAGCUCGAACCUAGUAUUGAACAUCAAGAACUUUGUACACUAUUAGCUCUUGGAGGAAAGGUGAAGGAUGAACACAUCUCCCUUUUAAUCAAUUCUGGCCUCCUUACUCGGCAACUUAUUGACUCAAACAUUUAUUGGUUCGCAAUUCCAAAUAUCGGUUCAGUACUUAAAGGCCUCUCUCAGGGAAGAAAGGAAGUUCUUUCUCUUCUAAACCGCAGGAGAUACAAAGAAAUGAUGCUAGCACCUCUAGAGAAGAAGCUUCUUCGAUAUUCCCCACUUGAUAUGAGAUUUCAUCUUCGUGAUCUGAUAGGCUCAGGUAAUCUCAAAACUGCCAAGACACCAACAGGCUUAGUUGUUCGAGUCUCAAAAGAUUGAAACCGAGAAGAGUAUUUGCUCCCCAUCGAUUGAUGGAAAGAUUGCAUUUCUGCUCUUGGCUGUCAAAAUAGGUACACUGACUUAUGCUUUGAGGUCAUCAUUGGCUUAUUACGCUACAUAUAAAUUCUCCUAGAUACAUGACCAGAACUUUUGCAGGCUGUCCAAAGUGGACAAGCAAAGAUAUCAUAUCAGCAAACCGGCCCAACCCAAAGCCUAAGCAGAAUGGAUAAAACAUAACGUAUCUUCUCAGCUAGGUCUUGUAUAAUUCAUUUUUAUCUACUGUUUGGCAUCCAUAUGAAUUCAUUCUUAAUUCAAUUCUUCUGAUUGGAUUAUCCACUUACUUAUUUUUAAUACGUUGUACAUCAUCACCAUUGGACUCAUGUAAACUCAGUAGGAUAAUGCAUUACAAUACAUUACAUUAGCAUUGGGUGCUCCUUUUUCUACACAUCUUCAGCCUGGGUUUAUUCCAUAAUACUAAUAGUUCUGUUAUAUCAA